CAACUGCCGAUCAGAAACCCCAUCAUGUCAUUCACAAGCUUCAUGUCAAAAUGUUAAUAGUAGAUACCGAGAUAACAAAAGUCGCAGUCAAAGAUCACCUUCUCCAACUAACGAACGUUCUCGCAGUCAAUCAAAAAGCCCAAUACAAAAGACAAAA